GCGCUGCGAGCGGCGGGCUCUGGCCGGGCCUGCUCUGCUGCUCCGCCGCAGCCAGCCGCCUUCCUGCCCCCGGCAGCUCCCGCGCGGGGCAGGUGCGCUCACCUGCCGCCGGGGCCAGCGCGCCGCAGCCCCGCGUCCCCUUCACCCGCUCCAUGUGAACUUCGAUCCCCGAUCUCGCGAGAGCGGCCGGCUGGUGGCUGUGGGGGUUGCAGCAGCGGCGGCGGCGGCGGCGGGCGGAGCAGGGAAGCGGCAGGCGGAGGCGGCAGCGGACGGGCGGCCGGGCGCAGGGCGGGCAGCAUCAUGGCGGACAGAGACAGUGGCAGCGAGCAGGGCGGCGGCGGCGGGGGCGCGCCGGGCGCCGGGGGGUCGGGCUCCGGCGGCGGCGGGGGGCCGGGGGGCGGCCUGCAGCACGAGACCCAGGAGCUGGCCUCCAAGCGGGUGGACAUCCAGAACAAGCGCUUCUACCUGGACGUGAAGCAGAACGCCAAGGGCCGCUUCCUCAAGAUCGCCGAGGUGGGCGCGGGCGGCAACAAGAGCCGCCUCACGCUCUCCAUGUCGGUGGCCGUGGAGUUCCGCGACUACCUGGGCGACUUCAUCGAGCACUACGCGCAGCUGGGCCCCAGCCAGCCGCCCGAGCUGGCGCAGGCCGCCGACGAGCCGCGCCGGGCGCUGAAGAGCGAGUUUCUGGUGCGGGAGAACCGCAAGUACUACAUGGAUCUGAAGGAGAACCAGCGCGGCCGCUUCCUCCGCAUCCGCCAGACCGUCAACCGGGGGCCCGGCCUGGGCUCCACGCAGGGCCAGACCAUCGCGCUGCCGGCGCAGGGGCUCAUCGAGUUCCGCGACGCCCUGGCCAAGCUCAUCGACGACUACGGCGUGGAGGAGGAGCCGGCCGAGCUGCCCGAGGGCACCUCCUUGACUGUGGACAACAAGCGCUUCUUCUUCGACGUGGGCUCCAACAAGUACGGCGUGUUCAUGCGGGUGAGCGAGGUGAAGCCCACCUACCGCAACUCCAUCACCGUCCCCUACAAGGUGUGGGCCAAGUUCGGCCACACCUUCUGCAAGUACUCGGAGGAGAUGAAGAAGAUCCAGGAGAAGCAGCGGGACAAGCGGGCCGCCGCCGCCGUCUCUGGGCCCGAGCCGCAGGCGGAGACUGAGAGCAGCGCCGCCGCCGCCGGGCCCCCCGGAGCCCUGCUGCAGGCCGACGAGCCGGAGGAGGAUUGAUCCCGACUUGGCUCCUGGCUGCCUCCCUGCCUGCUGCACAGAGACACACACACACACACAGACACACACACACACACAGACAGAGACUUAUACUGUAAUAAAGAGAACCCCAGACACAGAACCAGAGAGAGAUAAAUACAAAAAAAAAAAGUAAAACCAACAAAAAACAAUGUACCUGUUAAUAACUCCAAGGGAGCACCACCCACUCAACCAACCUCCACAAACUGACAGCUCAGCAACUUCUCCGACUGGCCACCCAUCGCUGGAUGUUCCUCCACUUUAUCCACCAUAUAAAACAGUAAGCAGCUGCUAAAAACAAACAAAAAAAAAACAAAAAAAAGUAAUAACAUUAUAUAUGAACUGUGUUUCCUACUUGAUUAAAAAAAAAUAUAAAGAACUGAGUGUUUAUUUCCCUAAUUAACCAAGAACUUUUGUACACGUUUAAGCUAUUAUUAUUAAAAGUGUUUGCAAAAAUGGUCAAGAUUAUAAUAAUGCUGAAUUAUAUAAAAAAAGUCCUUUUCAUGUUGAGCUAACAUUUGACUUUAGCACAAAAAAAGAGAUAUUUUAGAACACGUAAAAUAAUAUUUUUAGUUUUUUCUUCUCAUUUUGUUACCAAAUUUCAAACCUUACAUGGAGGUUAUUAUAGUAUAUUUGACACCCUAUAUACCUGUGAUUAGAGAUGUGUAUAUAUAUGAGGGCUAGGCAUGCUGUGUGUCUGAGCUUUGUCUAAAUGUUAUGCAGAAGUUUGUAGAGUUAAAAGGUACGUAGGUUUAAUUCAUGCAAGGUAAACAAUAAGUGCUCUCUUUUAUACAAUAUGCAUUGCAUCUGGACCUUAAACAUAUAAAAUGGUCAGUGAAACUUCUGUGAACAUGAAGAAAAAUUAUUAAAAAAGGCAUUUAAAUGAAAUUUGCUAACUUGUGAUUUUUACGUUUGAACCAAAGUUAUUCAAAUAGUAAAAAAAAAAAACAACAAAACAAAACAAAAAAAAAACCCAGGAAAAAAAAGUAAAGAAUCUCCUCCCAUAAUUUUCUGCACCUGUUUGGUUUACAACUAAGUAGGCGUAUUGUCAUUAUUGUGUAUAUGAGAUGUACUUGUAUUGUUCAUAAUAUAUUUUUUUUAUUAUGUGUACUUAAAGUACUUACCUAAUGUGCAGCAAUUUCCAGUAAACCUGUUUUUGGACAACAGGUAGUGAGUCUUUUGUGUGGUCACUGGCACUAGCACUAUCUCCUAAACUUGUAAAAGGUCUGCACCUAUACUUUGAUUUGUGCCAGUGCUAUUAACUUAUGUAGGCCUGUUAUAGAAAUCAGUGCAACACAAUUAUAGAGUAAUCCUACUGAGCCAUGGAUUUUGAGUUUCAUUUAAAAGUGAAAGCCAAGAUGGUGUAUGUAAAGGAUUUCCAUGUAGCUGUGGUGCUAGUUAUACUGGCUACAUACAUUAUAAAUGUAGUUGUGACCCCCAAGUGUACAAGCCUUCUAUCAAAAGUAUGUACUUGUGAGAUAUAGUAAAAGUGUAGGAUAUGAAAAUGCAGAAUUUAACAGAACACUAAUUUGUCAAAUUGUGUUCUCCAAAUUGAAAUAUUUAUAGUAAUAGACUUUUUACAGGUUUUUCUUUUAAAAAGUUUGUGUGCUUUUAAUUGACUAACUUCUUGCUGCUGUAUAGUAAAAUAUUAAUAUAUUUUUAUCAUUAAACUGCUGCAUGACUAUCAUCAUUAUGAGUGAAGAGAAAAUGUUAUAAAAGAUGCCUUAAACAGUAAAUGUUCUGGUUUCAAUUCUGUAGAAAACAUUUAAGAAAAACAAGAAUGUUGUUCAACUAAAAAGUUAUUGGGAUGCAAUCAUUUUUCUUAACAUUCUUGACAAAUUUAGCCGUGUAGACCUAACUGCUGUAUAUAGAAGACACCACCUGUUGGAACAGGAAGUUAUCUCUGCUUCUCAUUGAUUGUAAAGGAUCUAGCCUAGAAGAGGGGGGGAAAGUUUGUUUAAAGGAUUUUUAUUUUCUGAUGGGGUUUUUUUUCCAUUAAAAAUAUAGUUCUCUGGUUUUGGAGAUGUACUGCAAGUGUCAAAACAAAGCUAUUUCCAUUGCACGCAUUUCCCUUUAAAAAAGUUUGCUAUUAGUAUUCACAGAAAGUUAAAUAUGAGAUGACAGUUCAGAAGUUAAGGAUUUGUUUCUGUAAUAAUCACUGGAAAUGAUUAAAUUGCUUCAUUAAGGUGCACUUUUCCUGUUUCCAGAUAGUAAAAAUAAGCUUUCAUAGUGCAUAAUGUGAUAUUUGAAAUGGUUCUCAAUUGCACGUAAAUGUCUAAUAACCUGCUUUUUUAAUUGGAGGGUUUGAUGAGCAGUUUCAUUUAUUGUAAUUCAACAGUGAUGUGGAAAGGACUGCAUUCUCCAUGCUGCUAGAUGUAGUUAGGGAAGUUAAUUGUUUUGGUAUUGCUACUUGACUAUGUCUUGGUUCUACUGUUUACUACGGUUUUAAAAGUUAUACUGCAGAUUGACACACAUUGCUCAUAGUUACAAGUGUUCUACGUUAUCAGCAAUAAGUAGUGUGAGUCAGUGAAAAUACUGCAAAGUGUCCUUCCUUACUUUUGAGUUAAUAUAAGCUUUGUUAAAUACACAGGCUUUUCCCCAGGGUCAACAUUGACUAAAGGGAAAUCUUUACCUGUAAAAUUCAGAUCCUACAUGGUAUCUGAUUGGGUGAAGAAGUGCAUGGGUUGUUGCAGUUCCAUUCAUACCAUUACAGCUUAACACAGUUUAGCAAAGUGUUGUGAACAGUGUCUGAGAACUUGUGGUCAGUGUUUUAUUUUUGUGUUUUGUUUUAAAUUAAAUCCACAUCCAGAUAUUCUAGGAAUUUAUAAAUGAUAUUGAUGAAAGACUAAAUGACUGUAAAGGAUUUUAUUUAAUUUUAUUGGCAUCUCAUUUUUUUUCCUGAGGUGCUUGGUACUUUACCAAGGUUUUUUAUCUCAGUAUUUAAAACAAAAUACAGUUGGAAAACCCUGUUUAAUGUUAGACGAAUAAAGGUAAUGGUAUAUUUGACCAUAUGUGUUGUUCUAAAAAAGACAGUAUGCUCAAAUGUGCCAAGAAAUUUAAUUCCUGAAAAAUAUGCCUUAUAUUUUCCUUGAUAUGCUUUUAAAUGUCUUGUAGAAAAGGUCCAAGAGCAUGAUAAAACUACUUUAUAUGACUAACUGCAAGAAAACUUGAAAUUCAUUGCAAUACUGACAUACGUUUAUUUUUAAGUUAAAGGGACACUGUCAAGUAAUUUAUAAUUAAAUAUGACCUCUCUUUAAAGCGGUUAUAAUCUAAUGGAGAAUGUCCUCCAGAUUCUAAGUUCAUUUUUUUUUUGUUUAAAAAAAAUUGCUCUGUCUCUGAGAAAUUAAAUAAAAAAAAUUAGCCACUGUUGAUUCAUGCCUCUUAUUUAUUGUUCUGCUUGUGCUGCAAGAGGCAGCCAUCCAGCCACAGGGGGAGCAAAAGCUAACUAACAAACCAGAACUGUGCGGAAAUCAUUGAAGCUGCCUAUGACAACAAGGAAGUUUACAAGUAAAGCCAAGUUGGCUUUUGCACCCUAUGAAGUGGAGGAGGGAAAUUCAGUUGUCACCAAAUAGAAAAAUCCGGUAUAGGGGUGAGGAGUGGGUGUUCUUUUCAAACUUCUCAGAGGGCAUCAUACACAAUGGAGAGUUUUAAAAAUUAAAACCUUUUAUUUUAAAAAAAAAUACUUGACAGUGUCACUUUUUUGAGUAUCCCUUGCAGGGGUUGAAAUUUACUUAGUGUAGCGUUCUUUGAGAAGUAGUUCAAAACUAGCAAUUUACUAAGAACUUUUCAGACAUUCUAAAGAGAGAGGCUGUCCACUUCGAAUGGCUAGUGAGACGUAACAGUCAUAUCGGGCAAGGCAGAAAGCUGCUGGUAAUUUUAACCCCUGCCUAGAGCAGACCGAUAACUUCAUUUGGGAGCAAUUACUUUGUUGCCUUUAAAAAUAGCACUGUAAUCACUCUUUUUAUGAUUAGCUGUAGUAUAACCUUUAUCCCUUUCAAACUAUGCAAACUAUUAAAUGUAAAUUAGGAUUCAAUUAAAGAUAGUUGAUUAUAUUACAAUCAGAUGGCAUUCGUGCACUAACUGGAGUAUAUACAAAUAAAGCGAUUAGUAUGACUUUUGUAUGCUAACAGCAAAAUAUAAUAUACCUACCUAUUCUAAAAAUAUGAACGUUAAUAUUGUAUAACGACUGCAGGGGUGGGGAGGGAAUGUUACCUCUUACCUUCGUAAAAGGGGAUUUAAGAUUUUUAUAACUGUUUUCCAUAAAACUUUAUUUUUGUCAAAUUUUUAGGUAUUUAAUUUGUAAAAUAGAUUUUGCUUUGUACUAGCAUACAGAAAAUAGGGUAUUGAUUUAAACUUUUUGAAGCCACGUGAUCAAGUAAAUUUGUAAUAAAAAGUCAAUGGAUCUAUA